AUGAAGAGUGACUGCAUACAAACUACAACAUGUCAAGAAAGAAAAAAAGAUCCAAUAGAAAUGUUUCAUUCUGGGCAACUGGUCAAAGUCUGUGCCCCAAUGGUGCGGUAUUCAAAGUUGUCUUUUAGAACACUAGUCAGAAAAUAUGAUUGUGAUCUGUGCUACACACCAAUGAUAGUUGCUGCUGAUUUUGUCAGAUCUGCAAAAGCCAGAGACAGUGAAUUUACAACAAAUCAAGGUGAUUGCCCAUUGAUUGUUCAGUUUGCUGCUAAUGAUGCAAGACUUUUAUCUGAUGCUGCUCGUAUAGUCUGUCCUUAUGCGAAUGGAAUAGACAUUAACUGUGGUUGCCCUCAGAGGUGGGCAUUGGCAGAAGGUUAUGGAGCUUGCUUAAUAAACAAGCCAGAGCUUGUUCGAGAUAUGGUGAAACAAGUAAGAAAUCAAGUGGAAAACCCCCGAUUUUCAGUAUCUAUUAAAAUAAGGAUCCAUGAUGACCUUACAAGAACUGUAGAUCUCUGUCGAAAGGCUGAAGCAACAGGAGUUUCCUGGAUUACAGUCCAUGGAAGAACUGUUGAGGAAAGACAUCAACCAGUUCACUAUGAGGCCAUUAAAAUAAUUAAGGAAAGUAUGUCUAUACCUAUAGUUGCUAACGGAGACAUCAGAAGCUUAAAAGAAGCAGAAAAUGUGUGGCAUGUUACUGGGACAGAUGGUGUGAUGGUUGCAAGAGGACUCUUAGCAAACCCAGCCAUGUUUGCUGGAUAUGAGGAAACCCCACUGAAAUGCAUCUGGGACUGGGUUGACAUUGCUCUUGAACUUGGAACUCCUUAUAUGUGUUUCCAUCAACAUUUAAUGUAUAUGAUGGAAAAGAUAACUUCAAGGCAGGAAAAAAAAAUAUUUAAUGCUUUGUCAAGCACAUCAGCAGUCUUAGAUUAUCUUACAGACCAUUAUGGGAUUGACCGGACUUCCUGA